GUUUCUGGGGCCCCGGAAUUUGCCCCCAAAGUUCGUGGAGAAGUACUCGAGUCGGUUCGCAUCUUGAGGUUCGGGGGGAGAUGAACCGAGAGCUCAGCCGUCGCGUCAAAGCUCACGCGUGAUGCUUGCUUGGAGUGUCCAACGAGGCUUGUGCGAGGAACUUUCGUGCUGCAGAUAUCUGUUUAACUGUGACUGCUCUCCCAACCGAGAUUUGGGUCUCACCAGUUCGUUCCUUCUGACCGCAAUCCAGAUCCUUUAAAGACGCCUCCUGGUUGAAGUUGUACUACCCCGCGCCGCAAUGCCCCUUCCCCAGCAUGGCAUCCAUGAGGCCGAUAUACAUGCGAAGAUAGACCUGCUCACAGACAACCUCGUAAAUAUCCAGGACGAGUCGGGCAAAUUCCUUCUCAAACUCCCAGACGGUCGAGUCAUCGACACAAAAGGAUGGAAUGGCUGGGAAUGGACGCAUGGGAUUGGCCUCUACGGCUUGUACCAAUACUAUCAAUUAACAGGUUCGUCGAAGACUCUCAGCACCAUCAAAGGAUGGUUCGAUGUUCAGCUGAAAGAUGGGACGACAAAGAAUAUCAAUACAAUGGCUGUAUUCCUCACACUUGCCUACCUGUACGAAGAUACCAAAGACAGCACAUAUCUGCCAUGGCUAGAUUCUUGGGCCGAGUGGGCCAUGUAUGAUCUUCCACGAACACCAUAUGGUGGCAUGCAGCACAUGACAUAUCUCGGGCCCAAUACAAAUGAACUCUGGGACGACACUCUCAUGAUGACUGUGGUGCCGCUCGCGAAAAUCGGCAAGCUUCUGAAGAGACCGCACUACGUCGAAGAAGCCAAGCGACAAUUCUUACUCCACGUACAAUAUCUCUUCGAUACCUCUACUGGUCUCUGGUUCCAUGGUUGGAAGUUCGACGAGACGACGAAAGGGGGCGUAGGCCAUAACUUCGCCCGGGCGCGGUGGGCCAGAGGCAACAGCUGGAUCACAAUAGUCAUCCCUGAGAUUAUCGAUCUGCUUGACCUCACGCCAAACGAUCCUAUCCGCGUGCAUCUUAUUGACGUCCUCGAGGCACAGUGCCGAGCGCUGAAGCGACUGCAAAAGGACAAUGGACUAUGGCUGACGCUUCUUGAUGAGCCUGAGGCUGAAGGGAGUUACGAAGAGUCAUCGGCCACGGCUGGUUUCGCAUACGGUAUUCUGAAGGCGAUUCGAAAGCGAUACAUAAGCCGCGCAUAUGAAGAGGUUGCUGUGAAGGCUAUCAAGGCGGUGAUGGGAAAGAUCAAUGCAGAUGGAGAGCUGCUUGAUACCAGCUUCGGCACCGGUAUGGGACAUGACCUCCAGCAUUACAAGGAUAUUGCAAGGACCAGUAUGCCGUACGGCCAAGCUAUGGCGAUGAUGGCGCUUGGCGAAUUCCUGAGGACAUUUAGAUAACAUUAAUCCAAAACUUACUAUUGAGGAGAUCUUGAGAUGUGAGAGUAGCUAUGAACCCAGGCAGCGCUCUCUCAUUUCCACCAAGCACAUGUUCAGUGUAGUGGACCCAGGGUAUCUGCCUAACUGCGUGUAGCCAAUCGUGUCAAUCCAGAAGACUUGGUGUGAUAGUUGCCAUUGUAUCAGCUGUGUUUACAGCCCCAUGUCUCGAUUUCUGGUGCCUACAAGAUUCAAUGACCUGAUAUAGGCAUCACUCCUGCAGAUGCUUUUUGCACACUCGGUAUUGUGACCCCAGAUGGUCCAGGCAGCAAGGCGUAGGCGGAGGUCGAGCGGUUAUGGUGGUACUUAUGCUAGCAUCUUCUA